AUGGGCGAGACGCUGUCGGAAAUCCCUGAAUAUCUCAUCGAAUGGAUAAAGAAACAAAACGUAUUCUGGGUUGCGUCCGCGCCUUUAUCUGCUGAUGGUCAUGUCAACGUAUCUCCGAAGGGUAUUGAAGGCACUUUUCACAUCGUGAAUUCUCGACGUGUCUGGUACGAAGAUCUGUCAGGGUCGGGAGCCGAAACUAUAGCUCACAUUGGUGAAAAUGGGCGGGUAACCGUCUUGUUCAACGCUUUUGAUGGUCCCCCGAGGAUCGUCAGGCUAUACGGGAAAGGCACCAUUCACGAGAUUGGCAGUCAGGAAUACGAAUACCUCCUCCCCUCAUCCAUCCGCCAACCCGGUUCACGAGCCGUCAUAAUCAUCGACGUCUUCAAAGUUGGCACUGUUAAUCAGACGUGCGGAUGGGCAGUCCCAUUCUACGCCUUCCAAUCUCAUCGCUCCCAGCUCAUCGACUGGGCAGCCAAGAAAGAGCGCACGGAUCGCAUUUGUGGUGGUGGUUCGAGCGAGAAGGGUAUGAUGGCGUGGUGGAGGACGAGGAACGCGGAGAGCUUGGACGGGCUGCCUGCGCUUGCUUUGGCGCAACAAUCGUCUCCUCCGCCCAAGGUCCUCCUGCGGAGUCCGACGCAGACGCAGACAGGCUUGUUGUCCGGAUACGCUUUGGCUUUUAUGCUUGGUGUGGCAGUGGCUAGUUUGGUCCCAAUUCAUGCGGCGAAAAAUCCGCUACUAUCCAGUUUCCUUCGCUGA